AUGAUGUCACUGCCUCUCUCCGCGUUGACGUACUGGCUGACGUGGGAUGAAUUGACGAGGCAUCAAUCACAAGCGACAGACGACACGUCAUGCCAGUUUUCGUUCGUAGUGAUAGAUCUUGUUCUUGUGAAGACUUUUGGAUUAUUGGAUAUGGACUCGAUGCUCAUUAGUGGAAUCCAAUUCGCGGCCCUCCCCAGCAGCUACAUUCGCCCGGAAUCUGAUCGGCCCAAACUUUCCGAGGUCGCCGAAUGCCACAGUGUGCCCGUUAUCGACUUGGGUUGCCAAGACAAAAGCCUCGUCGUUAGAAAAAUAGGCGAUGCUUGUCGUGACUUCGGUUUUUUUCAGGUGAUCAAUCAUGGUGUGCCGAAAGAAUUAGUCGAUCAAAUGCAAAGUGUCGCGCGCGAAUUCUUUAGUUUGCCGGUGGAGGAGAAGCUGAAGCUGUACUCAGACGACCCGUCUAAAACCAUGAGGCUCUCGACUAGUUUUAACGUGAAAAAGGAGACCGUUCAUAACUGGAGAGAUUAUCUCAGACUUUAUUGUCAUCCAUUGGAGAAAUACGUCCCCGAGUGGCCUUCCAAUCCUUCGUCUUUCAAGGAUGUCGUAAGUAGCUACUGCACGGAGGUUCGAAAGCUCGGGUUCCGGGUGCAAGAAGCCAUAUCCGAGAGCUUAGGAUUGGAGAAAGACAGUUUAAAGAGUGUAUUUGGAGAACAAGGCCAACAUAUGGCUAUCAACUAUUAUCCUGCGUGCCCGCAGCCCGAUCUCACGUACGGGCUACCGGCCCACACGGACCCGAAUGUACUCACCAUUCUCCUUCAAGAUUUGGAAGUCACCGGGCUUCAAGUUCUCAAGGAUGGGAAAUGGGUGUCGAUAAAGCCUCGUCCGGGGGCUUUCGUUGUUAACAUCGGUGACCAAAUCCAGGCAUUUAGUAAUGGAAAGUAUAAGAGUGUUUGGCAUCGAGCUGUAGUGAAUGCCGAUAAGCCAAGGCUUUCGAUAGCUUCCUUCCUUUGCCCUUGUGAUAGCGCUUAUAUUAGUUCACCAAAGGGUCUCACUUGUGGAGAAAAUCGAGCCCUUUAUCGAGGUUUCACAUAUGCCGAGUAUUACAAGAAGUUUUGGAGCCGGAAUUUGGACCAAGAUCACUGUUUGGAGCUGUUCAAGAACUAGCAAGUGUGCUCUUUUCACUUCUCUGUGGGGGUUAGUAAAGGUUUGAUGGUGAGUUUUACACAUUUUUUCGGUGAACUACGAACAAGAUUCGGUGUGCCAUUUCGUAUUUCAUAUUGUAUCCCUAUUAAGUUUGGACAAAUAGUUUUUUUCUUUUAGCAAAAGUAUGCAAGAUGUAAUGUGAUGAUAUUAAUGUGUUGUAAAUUAUGAAAGUUUUUCCUUACCUCUUUGAAGAAGUGAAAUAAUGUUAUUGGUCAUUACUUUGAAGUUUGAAUGUUAAGCUAUAUGUCUUUGGGAAGGACCAAAGAAUCUUAAAG